AUGUUUGGACUCACAUCUAUAAUUAAGAGACAAGUUGCACCUGUAUUCUCCAGAAAUGUUUUUACUCCAAGAUUAUUUACCCCUAUAACGUUGCCAACUUUAAUGAUCCCAGUCAGAGGUUUUAAGGUCAGAACUUCGGUGAAGAAGUUCUGCAAAGACUGCUACAUGGUUAGAAGAAAGGGAAGAGUGUUCGUGUAUUGUAAGUCAAAUGGUAAGCACAAGCAAAGACAAGGUUAA